CAAUAAUGGUUGACAAGUGCGAGAACAUUUCAAAGAAAUUGUUUUCUGUCUAAUCAUACUUUAUUAAUCAAUGAAUAUCUAGAGAAGAAUGGGUGAGGUACAUGUAAUUGGUCAAAUAGUUGGUGCCUCAGGGUUUCCUGAUCAUAGUUUAUUUUGUAAAUGGGGAAUACACACAGGUGGUGCAUGGAAAGUUUUAUCAGGUUUAAGAGAAGGUCAAACACAAGUUGAUAAUCCACAAAAUCAUGAAGCUGCAUUCUGGUCACAUCCCAUAGAUAUUCAUUUUGCUACCAAAGGUUUACAAGGUUGGCCAAAGAUUCAUUUUCAAGUCUGGCAUCAAGACCAAUAUGGAAGGAAUGAGUUGUAUGGCUAUGGUUUUUGUCAUCUUCCAACAUCACCAGGAAUACAUGAAAUGGAAUGUUCUACAUGGAGACCCACUGGUACUUUCUUCCAACAAGUUUCACAAUUUUUCUUGGGUGGUGGUCCACAAUUAAAAAAUCCUGAUUUAAUAUACAGUGGUGCUGACAGAUAUAAACUACAUACAAUAGCCAUGGGAAAAGUUCAUCUACGGUUAGGUUUAAUUCUCAGAAACUUUGAUAGAUUUGGAAUAGAAUGUUAAAGUAGUUUUUCAGUGAAUUGAAAAUACUUUUCUUAUAUUAUUCAUGAAACGUGACAUUGUAAGAACAAUUUAGAACAAUAAAAUUUACAAUCGAGAUAGAUAUUUCAUUAAAUAUGCCAUAAAUACAGUUUCUGAUUGAUCUUAAUAUCAGGAACUUAUCUUAUAAAAUUUCAAUAUCCCAAAUACCAAUUUAUAAAAAAAUAUACAUGUAUAAAUAAACUACACACAAUUUAUUUUAUUAUAAUACAGUAUGAAUAUUUUUAAUUUAAUUGUUAUUCUUGUAGUUCACUCAACAUUUGUUAUUGUAUAUUGUUAUUAUCAAUGUGUAUAUUGUAAUGAUUACUACACAAAAACAUUUUUUUAACGU